AUGGAGGAUGCUUCCUUCAUUGCCACCGUGGGGAGUGUCUACGUGGCCACUGUCUGGUCAAUGGGAAAUCCCGAUUUGAGAAGUGCAUUGAAGAGCAGGUGGAGCUUGGUCAUUGAUGGCAGCAAGUCUCGCUUUCGCAUGCACGAAGCUCGAAGAGAUUCGAUGCGGGCAUGGGCGACCAUUGUCACCAUGGUUUCGGAGCUUUAUUUUGCAUUCGUCUCGUGCAUGCGAUUGUUCUUCCCAGAUCGAUUUGUGAAACCUCUCUACCAAGACCUGCAAACAUGGUGUUGUUUAGCUUUUCUGGCUGGCUUGCGUUGGACUUGCCGACAUGGACAGAUGUCCAAGUACAGCUCCAGGGCCGUGACGGUCUUGUUCAAUGUUUCCUCUCUCCUCUCUACCCUCCACAUCCCCAACGAGUUCUUACCCGCCAGUGCUGUGAGCCGUGCAGCGCACGGUCUCUUCACAGAAGACCCGCUCUUCACAGUGCUGGUCCGAUGCGCCUGCCUGCCACUGGCAGUGGUGCUCCACUACCUACGAGAGGACGGUUCAGAGAAAUUACUGGGAUGCGGCUUGGUGGUUGUGAACGAGUUGAUCUCGUGCCUGUGCAUGGCAUUCACCUUAUUGGAAGUGGAUGCAGCACUUUGCAAGCAGGAGCUAGCCGCGAUGGAUUUAGAGAAGCAGAUUCAGAAACGAGAGAUGGACAUGAAAGAGACAGAGAAGGUGCUCCGAGCGGCCCGCAGACUCUUGUCGGUAACAUGCGACUGCUGUGAGCGCCUCACACACGACUGGCAGAUUGUUGAGCCUUCACGGGGCAUUUUGGACCUUCUGCGCCUGAAGGAAGACGCAUCGGCGAAGCUCUUGCCCUUUCUGCAGUUCAUUUGUCCUGAAGACCAGCAGCGUUUCGCCCACUUCGCGGCUGUGUCGCACACCACGGAUGCGCCAUCCUCGUUGCACGUUCGCAUGACGAGUGGUAGCGAUGGCAGUCUCUUUGAUGCCCAAAUCUUCUUGGUGAAUCUACCUGGCACACUGGAAAACAAGAACGAGCCUGAGUAUCUCAUUGGGAUUGCCGCCAUUCAAACGCAAGAACCCAGCCAGAGCAUGGUCAGCAUUCCGGAGCAUCGCCCGUUGGCCUCGUCCGCUUCUUUCGACGCGCGCGCCCAACGCAAGCCGAGCCGCAGCGCAGCCAGCAGUGCGAGCAGCCGCAGGAGUUCCAGUAGCGGUGCUUCCAUGGUGAAUGUCGAGACACUCGCAGAAGCGCACCAGGCCCUGCAUGCAAUUGACCAGAUCUCCCUGCUGAUUGAUUUGAAUACCGUCGCGCAAGGCUACUGCAUCCGUUCCGCCCAGUUUCUCCUCAAGGAAUCAGCAGGUUUGGAUGUGCUGCCCAAGCUGUACAGCUGGGUACGGCAGCAGCACCAGCCCACGGUGGAAGAUUGGAUCCAGGAGCAUGUCCCUGGCCUUGUGGUUGCCGAAUCCCCGUGGAGGUUUUUAGUUUAUAGCUGA